AUGCAAGUGGAUAAAAAAAAACAAAAAAAAAAUAUAUUUCUUGAUAGGCCUCGGAUGACCUCAUCUAGUGGUAACUUAAUAUUCCAGACUGGCAGUGACAAAAAUAUAGAAUUCAAAACUGGCUCAUAUGGGAAGAUCAAGUUAAAUAAUGAAGACCUUCAAGAGAUUACAAAGCAGAUUCAAAAAAACAAGGAUGACAUUACUGAGAUAAGAAACAAUGGAGGUGGAAUACCCCAGAAUGUCUCAAAUCAGAUCAAUCAGCUGAACACACGGCUAACAAGCCUGGAAGGAAAAGUCCAUGAUGUUGAACAGAUUGUCCAACGAAAAGCAUGUAGUAGUAACCCUUGCCAGAACACAGGCACAUGCCUUAACCUUCUAGAUGCUUUCCAUUGUCUCUGCUCCAGUAACUGGCAGGGUCCAUUUUGUUCGGAUGAUGUCAAUGAAUGCCAGAUCUAUGCUGGAACUCCAUUUGGUUGUCAGAAUGGAGGAACGUGUACUAAUACUCCUGGAAGCUACAGCUGUACCUGCACUCCAGAGUGGUAUGGCCCACAUUGUACCUCUAAAUAUGAUGACUGCCAGGGUGGAUCUGCUGCUCUUUGUGAGCAUGGCAUUUGUAUCGACUCAGACAGAGUGCAACCAGGACAGCCCAAGUACACAUGUGUCUGUGACGCUGGAUGGACAUCUCCUCCUGGUAGCUCUGCUUGCACAGCUGAUAUUGAUGAGUGUAGCCUUCCUAACCGCCCCUGCUCCCAGAAUCCUCCAGUGCAAUGCUUCAACACACUUGGUUCUUACUACUGUGGUCCAUGCCCUGCUGGCUGGCAAGGAAAUGGCUACAGCUGCCAGGAUAUUAAUGAAUGUGAAACUAAUAAUGGUGGAUGUUCCACGUCUCCAAUGGUUCAGUGUAUCAACACAAUGGGAUCAUUUUACUGUGGACCAUGCCCAUCAGGCUAUGAAGGUGAUGGCAGAGUCUGUACACCAACUGAUCUCUGCACUGUGAACAAUGGUGGCUGCUACCCCUCUGCUACAUGUAUAAAUAAUCCAGGAAGCACCUUGCCUACUUGCAUAUGCCCACCUGGUUACACUGGAAAUGGGUACGGACCUAAUGGAUGCACCCAGACUAGCACCAUCUGCCAGCAAAACCCCUGCAUCAAUGGCCAGUGCCACGCAACAUUGACUGGUUACAUCUGUGUCUGUGACCCUGGGUGGACAGGCACGAACUGUACAGAGAACAUAAAUGAAUGUGCCAGUAAUCCCUGCCAGAAUGGUGGUACAUGUAUUGAUGGCAUUAAUGGUUAUACCUGUACCUGCACAAGCACCUGGACAGGACCACAGUGCCAGACACCCCAGCAAGUGUGUGGUGGCUCUCUGUCUGGACCUGCUGGAACUUUCAGCUACCCCAAUAAUCCUGGCAGUGACCAGUAUGACCAUCAAGUUAGCUGUGCUUGGGUUGUGAGAGUUGACUCUAACAAGAUCAUUCGGAUCACAUUCCCAUAUUUUCAAUUGGAAUCAAGUACCAACUGCAUGUACGACUUCUUGCAAAUCCACGAUGGGGACACUGCUUCAGCAUACAUGCUUGGAAAAUUUUGUGGCACUACAGUUCCACAAGAACUCUUUAGUUCCCACAAUUCCUUAUACUUUUGGUUCCGUUCUGAUCACUCCAUCAAUGCUGGUGGAUUUACCGUUGCCUGGGAAUCUAAAACACCAGAAUGUGGAGGUCAGCUUGAAGGCACUUACGGCUCCAUUAACUCCCCUGGAUAUCCUGGUAACUACCCUCCAAACAGGGAUUGCUACUGGACUAUUUCAGUGAAUCCAGGCUUAAUUAUUACAUUUGCCUUUGGAACACUGAGUAUGGAACACCAUCCUGACUGCAACUACGAUUACCUUGAGAUUCGGGAUGGGCUCCUGUCUUCAGAUCCUGUAAUCGGUUCGUACUGUAGCACUGGAUCUCCUCCACCUCUGCAAACCACAGGCCCAUAUGCUUGGAUCCAUUUCCAUUCAGACUCAUCUGUCAGUGACAUGGGAUUUCACAUCACAUAUACAACAUCUCCAUCGGAUCCAGGAUGUGGAGGCAUGUAUGGAGAUAGUGAAGGUAUUAUCAUUUCACCUAACUGGCCCAAUCCUUAUGCCAACAACAGACAGUGCAUAUACAUCAUUAGACAACCAGAGAAUGAAAAGAUCUUCCUCAACUUUACUCACAUGGACCUAGAAUCUCAUGGCACAUGUUCCUGGGAUUAUAUUGAGGUGAGGGAUGGAGACACAGAGACAGAUCCACUCAUUGGCAAGUACUGUGGAAGCGUUAUACCUGAACCAAUUACUUCCAAUUCCAAUAGACUCUGGAUCAAGUUUAAAUCAGAUGCCUCAGUAACAAAGGGUGGCUUCCGAGCCAUUUAUCAAGUUGCGUGCGGUGGGGUAUACUCUGGUGAAGGAGAAAUCCGUUCUCCAUAUUAUCCCAAUGCAUAUCCUCAUGGUAAAGAAUGUCAGUGGGUCAUCACGCAGCCUGAAGGAAAAGUAGUCACACUGAACUUCCUUGCAUUUGAUAUUGAGAACAGUGGCACAUGUGCAUUUGAUUUUGUAGAGGUUCGAGAUGGUGCAACUGUUGACUCUCCUCUGAUUGGAAAAUACUGUGGCACAGCCUUUCCACCCCCUGCUCAGUCAACACAGAAACAAAUGUUUAUAAGAUUUAAGACAGAUGCCUCUGUUACCAACUUUGGAUUCAGAGCCCAGUAUGGAAUGGAAAAUGCAGCCUGUGGGGAGAGCCUUACUGAACCUCAAGGAAGCUUCUCUAGCCCUGGACAUCCAACAAGCUAUCCUCAUGGCACAAACUGCACAUGGCAUAUCUCUGUACAGCCAGGCUUCGUCAUCCGCCUGACCUUUAAUUCAUUUAACUUGGAAUUCCACACAAACUGCAACUUUGACUAUGUUGAAGUAUAUGAUAAUGGCACAGCUACUACUGGCAGUCUGCUAGGAAGGUAUUGUGGCCGGUCUAUACCACCAUCACUUACCAGCACAGAUAAUAUGAUGACAGUCCUGUUUGUUUCUGAUGCAAGUAUUGCCACUGAGGGCUUCUCUGCCAGCUACAUUUCAAUCAAUGCUUCCACAGUCUGUGGUGCUGAAUAUUUGGAGCCAACAGGAGUUCUGACAUCGCCUAACUAUCCAAAUAAUUACCCCAACAACAGAGACUGUGUUUACCGAAUUGUAGUUGAAAGCAACAAACAGAUCAGACUUAAUUUCACAGAUUUCCGUUUAGAGAGCGGCACAAAUUGUCAAUUUGAUUUUGUGGAGAUCAGAGAUGGAGGAUAUGAGACAUCACCACUAAUUGGGAAAUACUGUGGAACCACAUCACCACCCAGUAUAUUGUCCCACAGUAACAGAAUAUGGAUCAGGUUCCGAUCUGAUUCAGUUAUUAAUUAUCCUGGAUUCUCAGUUUAUUGGGAUGGAACCGCAACAGGCUGUGGUGCUACACUUACCACAUCUUCUGGCAGUUUCACAUCUCCCAACUACCCUUUGCCGUAUCAUCACAAUGCUGAAUGCUACUGGCUUAUAAAGGCAAAUGGAGGCAGCCAGAUAGAACUCCAGUUUGAUGACUUCCAUUUAGAAAGCAGUACGGGUUGUAUCUAUGAUUAUGUUGCAGUAUAUGAUGGGAAUACCACUGCUGCUUCUGUUCUGGCCCAUUUGUGUGGUGAUGGAGUUCCAGCACCAGUUCGCUCUACUGGUAGCACUAUGUAUAUAAAGCUUAGGACUGAUAACUCAGUGAGUGGAGGUGGAUUCUUAGCAAGCUACAACCAGUUUUGCCAGGGAGUAGUUAUCAGCAAUCGUUUCCAAGGCCUUGUGGAGAGUCCAAAUUAUCCAGGUCUCUAUCCCCAUGGAGCUUUUUGUAACUGGACUAUUCAAGUUACAAGUAGCAAUACCAUUAACUACACCUUUAAUGCGUUUAACCUGGAAAAUCAUGCAUCUUGCAACUUUGAUUAUGUUAAGCUCUAUGAUGGCCCAAAUGACCAAUCAAAUCUAAUUGGGUCUUUCUGUGGUGUAACUCCACCCCCUGCAUCUACUACCACCAGCAACUACCUCCAUAUUGUGUUUCGCUCAGACUUCUCACUUGCUCAGACUGGAUUCCAGAUGCAAUGGUAUUUCAAUGGAUGUGGUGAUGAACUCCGUGGACCCAAUGGUACUUUUACCAGCCCAGGUUAUCCAAACCGGUAUCCUGACAACAAGGAGUGUAUCUGGAAUAUACAUACGGCACCGGGUAGCAGCAUUCAACUCACCAUCAAUGAAUUUGAUAUUGAGUACCAUCCAGACUGCAACUAUGAUGUCCUAGAGGUAUAUGGUGGACCUGACUUGUCAUCUCCAAGGCUGGCCCAGCUGUGUACUACCAGGCCAUCAGGCAACCCCCUGCAUGUCUCCAGUACUGGCAAUGCUAUUACUGUUAGAUUAAAGACUGAUGAGUAUGUCAGUGGCAAGGGCUUCAGUGCCUAUUGGGAAGAAAGUCCUGGAGGUUGUGGUGGCUUGUUCACAGCUCCAAGUGGUGAAAUUCAUUCUCCAAACUACCCCAGUGUCUAUGGAAGCAACGUGGACUGCUCUUGGGUUAUAAGUGUGGAUGUUUCUCAUAGAGUUUUACUGAAUUUCACUGACUUUGAUAUCGAAAAUCACCAGUCAUGCAACUUUGACUAUGUAGCUGUACACGAUGGACCAGAUGAAAAUGCUCCUCUCCUCAGCAAACUGUGUGGAGGCCAGCUCCCAGCACCCAUCACAUCCACAAUGCACCAGAUCUUUGUACGCUUCCGUUCUGACAACAGUGUACAACACAGAGGAUUUAGUGCUCGGUUUUCUGAAGCUUGUGGCAGCUUCAUUACCACUGAUGACCUAGGAGGUGCUAUUUCCACACCUUUGUAUCCUAGCAACUAUCCAAACAAUGCAAACUGCACAUGGAUUAUUAUGGCCCAGGAACCAUAUAACCAUGUGACCAUCUCCUUUACUGACUUUGAAAUAGAAAACAGAUAUGGUAACUGUUCUAGUGAUGCGGUGGAAUUUUUAGAUGGUGACAACUCUGAAGCUCCUUCUAUAGGUCGUUAUUGUGGGAAUGUCAUGCCACACCCUAUCACAUCGUUCAGCAAUGGUUUGGUUGUGAACUUUGUUUCCGAUGCUAUCACUGUAGCGAAAGGUUUCCGGGCAACAUAUGCAGCAUCAACCUCAGCUUGUGGUGGUGUUUAUCACAUGGUGAGUGGCGCCUUCAAUAGUCCUAACUAUCCUGAUCCUUACCCAAUAGACCGUGAAUGUGUAUGGAAUAUCAUCAGCUCUCCUGGCAAUCGGCUACAACUUUCUUUCACAGCCUUUCAGCUACAGAGUAGUCCAGGCUGUGUCAAUGACUAUUUAGAGAUUCGUGAGGGACAUUCCACAGGUCAUCUGGUUGGACGUUUCUGUGGUGACAGCUUACCCAGCAAUUACACAUCGAUCAUUGGUCACAUCCUGUGGGUCAAAUUUGUCUCUGAUCACUCAGUUGUUGGCUCUGGAUUCCAAGCUGCUUUCUCUCAUUUGUAUGGAAAUGAAAUUGUGGGCACCUCAGGAGAAGUAGCUUCAGCACUCUGGCCAAGAAACUAUCCGAACAAUGCCAAUUAUGUAUGGACGAUAACAGUGAGUGUUGACUACAUCGUUCGUGCUGUGAUACUUGAGAUGGAUAUAGAAGAACUCAGCAACUGCUAUUAUGACAAAAUACGAUUCUACGAUGGUCCAGAUAUUCAUGCCCGCCUCAUUGGAACGUAUUGUGGCAUUGUACCACCUCCUCCUAUCUCCUCUGCAGGCAGCACUAUGACAAUUCAGUUCAUAUCAGACUCUAUUGUGAAUGGAAAGGGCUUCAUUUUGGACUGGUAUGCAGUGGACACUUCUACAGAUCCUCUUCCAACUGUAGCCCCAGGUGCUUGUGGUGGUGCAUUUGUAACAGGAGAAACACCUUCCUUCUUUUUCUCUCCUGGGUGGCCAAAUAACUACCAGAAUAGCAUAGACUGUACCUGGAUUAUAAGAUCUCCAGAAUCUACAGUGGAGCUGAACAUUCUGGCCAUGGACAUAGAAUUUCAGACGUCAUGCUUGUAUGAUCGACUUGUUAUUAGAGAUGGAGACAACAAUAUUGCACCAGUCCUUGCUACCCUCUGUGGCAGAGAACCUCCUGGCCCUAUCAGGUCUACUGGUGAUGCUAUGUUAAUUCGUUUUACCUCUGAUUCCAUCAUCCCUGGGGCUGGCUUCAAUGCUUCUUUUCACAAAAGUUGUGGUGGCUAUUUCCAUGUCAAUAGAGGCAUCCUCACCUCUACACAUUACCCUCAAUCCUACCCAGCCAACCAGAACUGCACCUGGCAUGUGGUGGUUACCAGUGGUUAUACCAUCAAUGUUAACUUUGAACAGCCUUUCCAAAUUCAAGGCUCUGGCACUGGAUGCAGCAGCGGAGAUUAUCUGGAGCUCAGGAAUGGGGAAGAUGCUUUAUCCCCUCCAUUGUCCACCAGUGGAGGAAAUGGACGUUACUGUGGUUCUAGCCCUCCAUCUGCAUUGCAUACAACAGAUAAUUUCCUUUUUAUUCGCUUCAUCUCUGAUGGAAGUAAUGAGGGCCAAGGUUUCAAGCUGAGCUAUGAGGCAAAAAGUCUUGCUUGUGGAGGCAAUAUAUUUGUAACUGACUCAGAUCCCAUAGGAUAUAUAACAUCUCCCAACUAUCCUAACAACUACCCCCAAAAUGCAGACUGUAUCUGGUUAAUUACAGUUCCAAAUGGAGAGGCUGUACAGCUGGACUUUCAAGAUGAGUUCUAUAUAGAGCCACAUGCCAGCUGCAAUUAUGACUACCUGGAGUUGCGUGAUGGUGCAGAUUCCAAUGCUCCACUGAUCAGUAAGCUGUGUGGGAACACUAGGCCUGGGACGCAGAAGUCCACAGGAACUCUGAUGUAUAUGAGAUUCAGAACGGACACCAGUGUCACUCACAUUGGAUUCAAAGCCAAAUUUUCAAUAGCUACUUGUGGAGGCACUUUCACAGGACAGUCUGGUAUUGUUCAUAGUCCAGGAUAUCCCAGCUCAAAUUAUCCUGACAACUCACUGUGUGAAUGGUACCUCCAUGGACCAACUGGACACUACCUCACCAUUGUCUAUGAAACCAUCAAUCUUCAAAGCUCCAGUGACUGCUCAGCAGAUUAUGUGGAAGUCCGAGAAUACAAUGCUUCUGGACGACUACUGGGUAAGCACUGUGGAAUUACAUCCCCAAAUCCAGUGGAUACCUCAGACAGUUUUGCUUACGUUAAAUUUGUCAGUGAUGCAUCAGUCAAUGCCCCAGGAUUCAGUUUACUGUUUAAUGCCAGUGUGGAGGAGUGCGGUGGCGACCUCAAUGCAGCCACAGGAACAUUCACUUCUCCCAAUUAUCCAAACUUGUACCCACACAGCAGACGAUGUGAAUGGCGCAUUACAGUGCAAGAAGAUCGAAGAGUUACAUUGACCAUUAAUGAUUUGAGGCUUGAGCACCAUCCAAGCUGUGCCUAUGAUUACCUUGCCAUUUACAAUGGCCUACAUUCCAACUCUCCGAUGCUGGAAAGGUUCUGUGGUCAAAGUGAUACUCUGCCUGGCACCCAAGUGAGGUCAUCUGGAAACACCAUGAGAGUUGUUUUCUAUACAGAUGCAACUGGAACUGAUGGAGGCUUUAGUGCGACAUAUACAUCAAUGGAAGAUGCAGUGUGUGGAGGGACAUUACUCAAUGAAGAUGGAGGAAACUUUACUUCUCCUGGCUAUGAUGGUGUAAGCAAUUACACAAGUAACUUGGAUUGUGAAUGGACCAUCCAUAAUCCCCAUGUAGCAACUUCAUCUAUUUACAUUCAGAUGGUUGACUUUCACCUGGAGAACCAUGCAACAUGUGCUAAGGAUUUCAUUGAGUUCAGAGUCGGUAAUGCAGGGUAUCUCUUAGCUAAACUCUGUGGACAAUCCAUCCCAUCAGUGCCAUUUGUUUUUGCUGCUGAACAGAUCUGGGUCCGUUUUGUGACUGAUUCAACGGGGCAAGAUGUUGGUUUUCUUGCCAAGUAUCUAUUCUCAGGUUGUGGCGGCAUCCAGGAUGGGGAGAGUGGAGUUGUUUCCAGUCCAAACUACCCAGAUCCUUACGACAGCAUGAACCGGUGCACAUGGCUAUUGAGGGCACCAGAAGGCCACACAAUAACUAUAACAUUUACGUAUUUUGAUGUAGAAAACCAUGCAACGUGUAACUGGGACUCAGUUACUUUAAUAAAUGGUGGAUCUCCAGAUUCCCCCAUCAUUGGUCAAUACUGUGGAACCAAUUCCCCAGGAACUAUCACAUCAGGCUCCAACCAGUUGCUAAUAGUAUUCAGUUCUGAUCAUGUUGUGCAGAAAGGUGGCUUCUAUGCAACAUGGACCUCUGAUUCUUUGGGCUGUGGAGGAAUCCUCCAUGCAGAUAGUGGGACUAUCAAAUCACCAAACUGGCCUCAGAACUUCCCAUCAAACAUUGAAUGUGUCUGGAAGAUCAUAGCUGAUGAAGGCAGCCAUCUAGAUAUGACUUUCGAUAACAACUUUAAUAUCCCAGACAACAGUGGUCACUGUCAAAGCAGUUAUGUUAAGAUAUGGGGAGGCAAUGCCGAAGUGGACCAAGCUCUGCUGACCACAGGCUGUGGAAGUACUUCACCAGGAGCCAUUACUGCCCCAGCGAAUGUGGUAAUCACCAGGUUCCAGUCACAAGAUAAUGUUGGAGCAGGAUUUGCAGCAUCAUUCAACAGCAGUUGUGGAGCAAAUUUCACUGCCCCCACUGGACGUAUUGUGUCUCCUAACUACCCCAAUAAUUAUGGUCACAAUAUGAACUGCAUUUACAUCAUUAAGACAGAUGCCAAUAUGUUUGUCAUUUUGCAAUUUCAAGCUUUCCAAGUAGAAGCACCAGCAUUAGUCUCUUCUCAUUCUACAUGUGCAUAUGACGGCUUGAAAAUCUACUCAGGAACAGCAAUUUCUGGAAAUCCUGUUGCCACACUUUGUGGUAGACAGCUUCCUGGACCUGUGAGUACUUAUGGAUCCAUGCUGCUCCAUUUCUAUACUGAUUCCAUAGUGGCAUUCAGUGGCUAUAUGGCACAAUACACAUUAAGUGAAUGCGGUGGAACAUUCAACAGUACAUCUGGCACCAUAAGCAGCCCGACUCAUUCAUUUACCAAUUACCACAACAACAUGAACUGCACAUAUUACGUCAUUGUUUCAGAAAAUAGAAUCGUGGAACUUAAAUUCAACCAGUUCCAUCUUGAGGCUUCAUCAACUUGCAGCUUUGACUAUGUUGCUGUGUAUGAUGGGUCAGACAUCUACGCUCCUCUUCUAGGCAAAUUCUGUGGUUCAGCUAUUCCACCAAUCCUGAAAUCUACUGGCAACACUCUCUUUUUGGUGUUUAAGACUGACUCCUCUAUAACUGCAGGUGGAUGGCGAGCUACUUUCAGGGAGACACUAGGACCAAAUCAAGGCUGUGGAGGUUACCUGACUGGCAACACUGGAACAUUUGUCACUCCUGAUUCAAAUAAUGAUGGCAGAUAUGAUAAGAACCUUCAGUGUGUGUGGAACAUUGUUGUGCCCAUGAACAAGAACAUAAAUUUCACCUUCAGCAGCUUUGCCUUGGAAGGACAGUCAGGGGGUGUUUGCCGAUAUGAUUAUGUCAAACUCUAUGAUGGUGAGGACAGCAGUUCCCAUGAGGUCGGCAUGUUCUGUGGCUCUGUUGUGCCACCUUUUUUUGUGUCUACCAGUAACUUCCUGACAGUGAUGUUCGUCUCUGAUAGUGUUGUUGAAAUGGCAGGAUUCAACGCUACCUACACAGCUGUAGACUUGCCAUGUGGUGGAACAAUAAAUGCAACAUCCAGUGUACAGACCUUGACGUCUCCAGGAUACCCAGGUGCCUACCCAACUUUCACAGUGUGUAACUGGACUAUUGAUGCUCCAGCACAAGAACAAGUGAAGAUAUCCGUGCAGGCCUUCCACUUAGAAGCAAACCAGGAUUGUUCAAUGAAUUAUGUGGAAUUUAAGGACUGGCCAGUGGGAGACUAUGGGCAAGUGCACAGGUACUGUGGUACAGAUUCUGUUUUGCUAGACUUUUACACAUAUGGCCGCACUGCUGUUGUGACAUUCAGAUCAGAUGAGUACAGCACCGGCAAUGGAGUAAGCUUCACAGCUCAGAUUGCAGGCUGCAACAGAGAAUUCAACCAGUCUUUUGGAUACUUGAAGAGUCCUGGUUGGCCCAAUAUUUAUCAACAUAACUUGGAUUGCACCAUCAUACUAAGAGCACCACAAAAUCAUACCAUCUCCCUAUUCUUUGAUGCAUUUGACCUCGAACAGCAUUCACAGUGUAAUUUUGACUAUUUAGAGGUGAGAAAUGGGAGUGACAGCAGUGCUCCUCUGAUCGGCAAGUACUGUGGCAGUGCACUACCAAAUCCCAUAUUCCCCAAAAAUCAUAUUUUGUACAUGCGCUUUAAAAGUGACUUUAGUUCUGCACGUAAUGGAUUUGAGAUUACUUGGACUUCGUCAUCACAUGAAUGUGGCGGCGUAUUGUUUGGAGACCAUGGCUCAUUCACAAGUCCUGAAUACCCAGGAACAUAUGGAAAUAACACAGACUGCGAGUGGAGAAUCAGAGCACCUUCAGGUCGUGUGAUUACCAUCACAUUUGUGUUUGUGAGCAUUGAUGAUCCCGGUAACUGUGUGCACAACUACCUGACACUUUACAAUGCGCCUGAUGCCACCUCACCAGUACGAGGGCCUUACUGUGGCAUUGAAACAAACAUUGCUCCCUUUACUUCUUCAUCUAAUCAAUUAUUCAUCAGAUUCCAUGCUGAAUAUGCAACAUUACCCUCUGGAUUCAGGCUCACAUGGAGCACUUAAUGUGACAUUUUAGCCAAGUUUUGUUAAGCAGUUUAGAUUGUGACAUUUCUGUUUGUUUGUUAAUAUAAUAAUUCAGUUGUGACACCAAAUGCAAAUUGAUUUCAUUCAGAACACUUACAAAUGUUUUACACUACUGUAUAUAUUAUAUUGUACUUUUGAUGUUUCCAAAAUUGAAAAUAGUAUAUUUGCAUAAUUUUUGUACAGGAUAUGCAUACAAUUGAAAAGUUUGCACAAUUAUACAAUGAUAUACUAAAGAGUUUAUAAUAUUGUUUUGUACCUUCAGGGUAAGGGUAUGCAUACAUUUGAAAGUAUUUUGCACAAUUAUACAUUGAUAUACUGAAGAGCUUAUAAUGUUGGAAAGUAUUUUUGCACCUUCCUUAUGAAUGCUGCCAUCUGAAACUGUAUUAUAUGUGACCAUAAAGCAG